UCUUCCAAUUUACAAUUACGGUCAUGCAAAUCUCUUUACAGUCGCCGCUGCCACUUUGCCGGAGCUCCUCCACCGUCGAAACCCCUCCAAUUAGGAAACUAAAAUUACUCACUCUGCCACCGCCGUCGCCGCCGCCGCCGCCGCCCAAAGUGGUGUUGUCUCCGCUUCCGCGUCGGCUCAACCCAUUUCAGAAUUUGGCGGCGUCGCUGCUGGACGCUGUUGAGUCGUCGCUGAUCGUUGAUAAAUUGCCGAAAACGGUUGACCCGGCGGUUCAAAUUUCGGGUAAUUUCUCUCCGGUUCCCGAGUGUCCCGUUCGCCACGACCUUGAAAUCAUCGGAAAUUUACCUGCAUGCUUACGUGGCGUUUAUUUACGAAACGGCGCUAAUCCCAUGCAUGCACCCAUAGGUGGGCACCACUUGUUUGAUGGUGAUGGAAUGAUCCAUGCCGUUACAUUUCACGGAGGUAACGAAGCUAGUUACAGCUGCCGGUUCACUCGUACAAGCCGGCUCGAGCAGGAAGUCGCUUUGGGCCGACCGGUUUUCCCCAAGCCGAUCGGCGAGCUUCAUGGUCACCAAGGACUGGCUAGGCUCGCAAUCUUUUUAGCUCGGGCCGGGAUUGGGUUAAUCGAUAGCUCGAAAGGGACAGGUGUCGCCAACGCCGGUUUGGUUUAUUUCAACGGUCGAUUAUUAGCUUUAUCCGAAGAUGAUCUACCGUAUCACGUCUUAAUUAGAGAUGGCGGAGAUCUCGAAACGAUCGGACGGUUUAGCUUUAACAGUCAGAUUAGCUGUCCAAUGAUCGCUCAUCCUAAAGUGGAUCCCGUUUCAGGUGAUCUUCACGGUUUGAGUUACAACAUGAUUAAAAAACCGUAUUUGAAAUAUUUACGGUUCGACCGGUUGGGGAGAAAAGUUCGUGACGUGGAUAUCACCCUUCGUGACCCGACGAUGAUCCACGAUUUCGCGAUAACGGAAAACCACGUCGUGAUACCAGAUCAUCAGGUGGUUUUCAAGUUAUCCGAAAUGGUUCGGGGCGGGUCGCCCGUCGUGUUCGACCCGAACAAAACUUCCCGGUUCGGAAUCCUACCAAAAUCCGGAGUCGACGAGACCGGAAUUGUUUGGAUUGACGUGCCGGAUUGUUUCUGCUUCCAUUUAUGGAAUGCGUGGGAGGAAACGGGCAGUAACGGCGAGAAAACCGUCGUUGCUGUCGGGUCGUGUAUGAACCCGCCGGAUUCUAUUUUCAACGACCGGGACCAGGCGUUGACAAUUGAGCUGACGGAAAUCCGGAUGGACAUGAGGAACCGAAAGGCGACCCGUCGGGUUUUCGGGUCGGGUAUGAAUUUGGAAGCGGGUCAGGUGAACCGGAAGUUGGUAGGGCGGAGGACCCGAUUCGUUUACAUGGCGAUAGCAGAGCCGUGGCCGAAGUGCUCCGGCAUUGCGAAGGUAGAUUUAGAAACUAGAAAAGUGAAGAAGUUUCUAUAUGGCGACGGUCGGUACGGCGGCGAACCGUUUUACGUUUCGGAAAAUGGUAAUUCCGGCGAAGAUGAGAAUGAGGAUGGAGGGUAUGUUGUAGGGUUUGUAAGAGACGAGAAGCGGGAGAGAUCGGAGUUGGUGGUGGUGAAGGCGGCAGAGAUGAUGGAAGUGGCGGCGGUGAGACUUCCGGCGAGGGUUCCUUACGGAUUUCACGGCACGUUUGUCAGUGAAGAAGAGUUGAAGGGUCAAGCUCCGAACUAGAUUUUUUUUUUCUGCUUGUUUU